UCAGUAUAACCCAGAUAUAUGCGUUUCAAUAAAUAUACCAAUUAAGUAACUGUCCCGAUAGUUACUGAAAUCGAGUGUACAUACUUUACGAAUCACUAAGUAAAAUCCUGUUUGCCUCCCCAACGCUUCUCAAGCGUUCGAUGAAGGCUAGAUAUUUCUACCUUAACAUCGAUCUGUGUGGCAACGAGGACAGUUGCCUUAGCGUGCGCCGGCUGCUGCACCAAGCCGCGAGCGGUGUGUUCGGCGAGAGCGGGGCGGCGCUGGGCGUGGACGUGCUCAGGGCUGGGGCGGGACGCGCGCUGCUGCGGGUGCCUGCCGCUGAGCUGCGUCGCUUCAGGGCUGCGCUCGCACUGUACCCGCGCCCCGUAAGGGUGCUCGGCGAAUCGCCUUCAUUGCAAACUUUGGUUUAGGUAUUUCUUAACCACAAAUAAAAUGGCGACAAGAUCUGUGCUAGCUUCUGGCCCCGGUGGCAAAGACAUAGUAAUGGUGGCAACGCGUGAGGAGCUGUCCACUCCUAGCAAAGUGACUCUACCUGAACCGGAACCGACUCCAGGACUUAUCAUGCCUGAUGGCUCCAUUAACUGGGGCUGUCCGUGCCUAGGAGGCAUGGCGACGGGGCCUUGCGGCUUGCAGUUCAGGGAUGCUUUCUCCUGUUUUCACUACAGUGAUGCAGAACCAAAAGGAAGCGACUGUUAUGAGAAGUUCAGCGUAAUGCAGGAGUGCAUGUCACAAUACCCAGAACUGUAUGGAAGAGAAGAAGAUGAAGAACUGUCCAAUGCCAUAAGUGAGAGCGCUGCAGAAGACAGUAGCAGAAUUGGCAAAGCUGUCUCUGUCGCUGGUGCCCAAGAAGUACGUGGGGCAGGCGAUGGUCCUGCAGAAGUUAAGAAGACUAAAUAAUGUACUCUUAAUAAAUUUUGAAUGCUUUCUAGAGACGUGUCAAACUAAACAUGUGUCUUUGUAUUUGUGUGAAUUGCAAUGCGUACUAUGUGGC